AUGCUGCGUCAGCAGAGCCUGGAGCUGGACGAGGCUCCAGCACGCAAGCCUGGCCCUCUGCCCCUGCUGGAGCUGCCCCCGCUGGAUCGGUCCAGAGGUCCAGGUUGGCCCCCAGACUCGGCCAGCACCGCCUCCACGUUACCCAUCUCGGAGAAGUUCGAGAAGGAGAAGGAGAAGCAGGAUGAAGAAUACGACCCGUUCGCCCACCGCCAAGUGGAGAGGCCCGUAUCGGACUUGGGUGCGCUGAUGCACCUGCUCAAGUGCAGCCUCGGCACGGGCAUCCUGGCGAUGCCGAUGGCCUUCCGGAGCGCGGGGCUGGCCGUGGGGCUCGUGGGCACCGCCCUGGUGGGCUACAUCUGCACACACUGCGUCCACAUUCUGGUGGACUGCUCGCAGCGGCUGUGCCGGCGGCUGAAGGUGCCCUCGAUGGACUACCCGACCACGGCGUCCGCCGCCUUCACCUCGGGGCCGGAGCGGCUGCGGUCCCUCGCGCCGGUAGCCAGCUGGUUCGUGAGCGCCGGCCUGUUCGCCACCUACUACAGCAGCAUCACCAUCUACAUCAUCUUCAUCGCCGCCACACUCAAGCAGGUUGGAGACUACCACUCGACGUCUGACGCGACACGCUUCGACGUGCGGAUCUACACGGCCAUGCUGGCUCCCUUGGUGCUGGCCAAGGGCCAACUGCGGCACCUCAAGACGCUGGUGCCCUUCUCGAUGAUGGCCAACCUGUGCAUCGUGACGGGCUUCGCGGUCACCUUGUACUACAUGUUCGUCGACCUGCCGCCGUUAGAAGACCGCCGCCUGCUGCCCUCAUCCAUCACUGCCCUACCAGUCUUCCUCACCACCACCAUCUACGCAAUGGAAGGCGUCGGCGCGGUGAUGCCCGUGGAGAACAACAUGCGGAAUCCCACACACUUCUCCGGAUGUCCCGGGGUGGUGAACACGGCCAUGGUGCUCGUGUGCACCCUGUACUGCGUGGUGGGCUUCUUCGGCUACUACAAGUACGGGGAGGACACCAUGGGCAGCAUCACCCUCAACCUGCCCGUCCAUGACAUCCUGGCGCAGGUGGUGAAACUGGCGGUGGCGGCCAGUAGCUUUUUGUCGUACGGCCUGCAGCUCUACAUCGUGGUGGACAUCGCCUGGAAGCCGCUGGCGGCCCGCAUAGACCCCGUCUACCACAACGUGGGGGAGAGGAUCCUCAGGGUUGCGCUGGUGCUCGGCACAGUGGCACUGGCGGUGGCAGUGCCGAACCUGGGUCCGGCCAUCUCCCUGGUGGGGGCGGUGUGCUUCUCGACUCUGGGCCUGCUGUACCCGGCGGUCAUCGAGUCGGUGGUGCUGUGGCAGGAGCCGGGGGCGCUCGGCUGGAUGCGCUGGAAGCUGCUCAAGAACGCCCUUCUGGUCGCCCUGUCCUUUCUGGCACUGGUCACCGGCACCAUCUCCAGCGUCACCGAAAUCAUCGAGAACUAUGGCCUCGAGUAG